CCAGAGGCAGCGCCGGCCUCGCGCGACCGCCGCGAAGCGCCCCGGGCUGCCCUUACGCCGUCGAAGCGUCGCGUCGAAGCCGUGCGAGCCCCGGGCCGCACGCUGACAAGAGCGCUGCUGCCCGCCAUUGCUGAAUAUGGCCAGCCCCACCGACCAUACUGUUGAUAGAGACGAACUCCAAGCGCGCAUCGCCGCGGAAGACCAGGCCAUUAAGUUGGACGAAGUGUGGUCCGCCUGGGCGGCGGACGACCUUGCUCAGAGACGCCGAGCGGCCGCGAACGACGAGGCCGAGGCGCGACACAUCCAACGCUUGCAGCGAGAGGAAUUACGCGACUUAAAGAAGAAGCGCCACUGGGGCGGCCUCGGCGCGACGGCGCGGUGGCGCUUGCACCUCGAUGGCGUGCCCACUUCGCUUUCGAAUGGGACCUAUGGCGUCAUUGGGGCUCCUCCCCAGUACGAGAACAUGAAUCUACAAAGGACCACAAAAUGGGGCGGCGGUGGUCCAUUGGACGUGCACAAAGUCAGUACGUGUCGCAUUCCAUUACGGAAGCCGCGCGUCGUGCGGAGACGAUUCCCGUCGUUCCGGAACCCCAACUGGAACGCCGGGUAUGAGUGGUAUUCGAAGGGUAAUGUGGAGCACGACGCCAGACGAGCAGCUAGAGGCGUCUUGCGGCACGUGCCGUCGACGAUCUUCUCGCGGCCGCAUACUACGAACCGCUUCGAAGAUUCGACGCUCCUGUCCGAAGAUUCCCUCGGUCGAGCGUCGUCGUUGAUCGCGGAGCCCGUCCGAACAGGCUUGGGACACUUGUCGCCGCCGCGACACCGUGUGACGGGCGGGUCCUUCGGCCGAGCUGACCGCUGGGGAGAAAAACAGUCGGUGAAGCGGGACCCGGACCGUGAUUACAUGUACCACCCGAAGGGACCCGUUGUUCAUGGAAAGGACCCGGCGGACUUGUGCGAGGCGACGCUCGGGGCUUAUCUCGGGACGCUGGCGCGCGCUAGGAGCGGGGCGCCGUCCUAAGGAAUGUGGUG